GGGGCCUGCGCCCGGCCGCGGGGCGCCGCUUAAAGCCGGCGGGGCGAGGCGGGGCGGGGCACGGAGAUGGCGGCCAGGCGGCAGCCGGAGCUGGACAACGGGUCCUUGGAAAUAACACAGAGUUUAGAUGAUGAUCCUCUGCUGGAUGCACCUCUUAUUUUGUCUCAUACACUGCAUUCACAACUGCGGCCAAGAUUUCAUGCUAUCCCAGCAGUUUUUCUUGCCAAUUUUCUGUUGCUAAUACAUGUUGCUUUUGUUGUUCUAGCAUUUUUAGCAGCUAUGUUUUGUUCUUACCCUAAUCCAAACCAGGAUAAGUGCCCUGGAAACUAUACUCACCCACUUAAAGUGCAGACUGUCAUAAUCAUUGCAAAAGUAAUUCUGUGGAUUCUGCAUGUGUUUUUUGAACGAUACAUCCACCACCACCACAGUAAAGUCAGAAGCAGAGGUUACUUCUCAAUAUAUCGAUCAACAAGACAUCUAAAAAGUCUUCCACUUGUGAUUCACUCUACAGGUAAUGCAGCCCUGCUUUUGAUUCUGUCAACCCAGCAUUCCUUCCCUGAUCACAGUAAAGUGUACCUGUAUCUUAUCUUGGGAGUCCUUGGUGUGGAGCUGAUUAGUUCACUGACCUGCUUGGUGAUUUACACAGUGAAAAUAAGCAACUUCAAUCGUGCAAAGCCAAGACCUGACAUAAUUGAAGAAGAAAAGAUGUAUGCUUACCCUAGUCACAUUACUUCUGAAGUUGGAUUCAGGGAAAAUUCAAGUUUAGAAGAGAUAGUUGAGAAGCAAGGAGAUGUAAUAGAGUAUCUUCAGCGACACAAUGCACUGCUCAGCAAGAGACUAUUGGCACUAACAUCUCAGCAAAUAAAAAGUUAAACUUUGGAAAACUAUUGUUGGAGCACAAGAGGGAAUAUGAGGCAAUGCAAUAUCCAAACUGUUUUGUACAGAUGACUCUUCAAUCAUCUUUCACACUUCAAAAUAGAAGUUAAACUGGAAGCAUGAGCUCUGCAUAUGCUGUAAGCCUGUUACAAUUGGACAUUCUGGCUUCUUUCACAUCAGUUCUGAAAAAGAUCUGGAGCUUCAAGGAUUUUUAAAUCCUAAUAGACUACAGUUGGACUUGAUGUACUGGUUUAACUUCUUUCAGUUGUUGCUAUUAUUUUGCCCUGCUGUAGUCUUGAAGUACUUUAUAUUUUGAGAAUACAAACUUGUUCUCAAGGGAAAGGUAAUUUUGCAGAGGAUGUCUUCACGGUUUGCAGUGCUGAAGCUGGGGACAAGACAUGUUCUAUUGCAGAAUUCCAUUACUUCCAGUGUUAGAGAUGGUAUACUUCAUGAAUUCUAUACAAAAUAUAUAUUUGCUUUCUAGAUCUGCCCCCUUUCUCCUCUGCCAAGAAAAGGAAUGAAUUGUUGCCCAUGCCAGCAGUAAAACUUGGCAUCCUGUUAAG